AUGUAUUCUCCACAAAUGGAUCUGGACACCAACUCCAGCCCCUCUGCAUUCUUUUUAAUCGGCAUCUCUGGGCUCGAAUCAGCCCAUCCUUGGUUGGGCCUCCCCUUCUGCAUUAUGUAUAUCGUGGCGCUUUUAGGAAACUCUGCUCUCCUGCUCGCCAUCCGACUGGACCGCACCUUGCACAACCCCAUGUUCUACUUCCUGGGCAUGCUGGGAGUUAUCGACGUGGUCAUGGCUACAUCUACCGUACCCAAAAUGCUCGACAUCUUCUGGGAGGGCUCCCCAAAGAUUGGCUCCAAUGCCUGUUUCAUCCAAAUGUUUCUCAUCCACUCCGUUACAGCGAUGGAAUCGGGGGUCUUGUUAGCGAUGGCCUUCGACCGGUACGUUGCCAUCGGCCACCCGCUGAGAUACGAGGCAAUCUUGACGCCCCGACGGGUGGCCCAGAUUGGCCUGGCUAUUCUGGUGAGGGGGGUUCUUUUCAUGGUGCCUUUAAGUUGGAUGGUGAGCAACUUGCCAUACUGUGCUUCCAGGAGGAUUCCUCACUCCUACUGCGAGCACAUGGCGGUCGUGAAGUUGGCCUGUGUGGACUCCACGGCCAGCCACGUCUACAUCGUGGCGGGAUCCACACUGAUCGUUGGGAGCGACACGGCCUUCAUCGCCGUUUCUUACGGGCUGGUGCUGAGGGCCGUGAGGAAGCUGAGCGAGAAGGCAGAACAGCUCAAGGCCUUCAGCACCUGCAGCUCACACCUCUGUGUGAUGUUGCUGUAUUACCUGCCCGGGAUGGCUUCCAUUUACAUGCAGGGCUUUCGCCAAGGCGCACCGCCUCACGCCCAAGUCCUGCUGGCGGAUCUCUACCUCAUCCUCCCGCCCACGUUGAACCCAGUCAUUUACAGCAUCCGGAUGAAACAGGUGCGCAAAGCACUCCGCAGAGUAUUUCCUUUCGGCCCCGCCUCCUGGUGA